AUGGGCUGCGGGUUAAGGAAACUGGAGGACCCGGAGGACAGCAGUCCCGGGAAGAUCUACUCCACCCUAAAAAGACCUCAGGUGGAGACCAAAACCGACACCGUGUACGAGUAUGUGCUGCUGGAUUUCAGCCUGGAAGGUAAGCUGAGAUCAUGGAUGAUGGCACCUUCAGGUGGCCCCUCAACUCCCAUUAUUGACAUAUUUUAUGCUCAUUGAAUAUAAUCUUUCUGUUUCUUCACCAAGAUACAUCGGUGUUAAUACCAACAGAUAUGUUUGAAUGUUAGUGAUGUCCUGAAUCAUGUUUUUUAAUUUGGUUAGCAUAUUUUCAUUAUCACUCUUUGAUGAGUUUAAAACAAGCACAAAAAACAGGGUUGGGUAUCGUUUGAUUUCGGACGAUUCCGGUUCCGAUUCCGAUUCAUCGUUUUGAUACCGGUUCCUAACGAUUCUCUAUUCCGAUUCUUUUAAAAACAUGCAUGGUUAAAAUCAGGGUGCUGCCCAGAGUUCUACUUUUUGGAUGAAAUUUCUGAACUUCUCUAUGAAUUUUUAAAUUAUAUUAACUUUUUAAGAACUUUAUUAUGAGUUCCUCACAUGACUAUUUUAACCAGUAUAUAAAUAUCGAUUUUGGUUGUCAGGUAGUUUGUCUAUGAAAGAGUACAAGGGCUAACGUUAGCUGGAUAUUUAAGUUGACCCACCGUACACAGUACAAUUUGUCUGCCACUUCAAAGUUAGCAGAAGACAGAAGUAAUCUAUUGUUUCACUUAUCUGAUUCUGGCUGGUUAGCGGAAGACCAGCGAAGCGUGUCAAAGACAGGGCACUCAGGUAUUUCUCCUCAGCUCUCCUCAUGUUAGUCAAGUGCCCUCCUUUGCAUGAUAUAACUGUGUUGUGCCUUCUUCGUUGGUGUUCAGCAGAGUCUUCCUCGUUGGUGUUCGGCGGCUAUAUCUUCCGGACUCUGGCAUCGAAACUUGGAAUAGAAUUUUUAAAAUUUGAACAGUUCCAAGAGAAUCGGAAUGUUAGUCCCGGUCCCCAUUGAAGGCUUGAGACUUGAUGCCCAACCCUACAAAACAAGUCAAGUGACGUAAUCCACUGCACACUCGCUGUUGGUAAAACUGAAAAUAUUAAAGCUCCUGUGAGGAUUUUUCCGUUUGUGUUGAUUUCGGCGCCCCCUGUGGACAGAUGCUACCCCUGAAAUAAAGCUGGUAAAGUCUUGUCAUUGAGCUGUUUGCAGGAAAAGUUUUUUUUCCUAUGCAAUCUUAAAACUCUUUGGUGAAAUUUGGUUUAACCGCUUCAUGUCAUGGCCGUGUCAAAACCUUUUAAUAGUGCUGAUGUACUGUCCACCAAAAUCCAUUUUCUGGCGGCGUAGCAAUGGUGGCCUUUGAGGACAAAAAGCUUCUGUGGUGCAUGAUGACUAGGAGUAUAAAAUGCUUCUGUAGAAAUAUCCCCAUGUAAGAUGGAUUAAAAAGAACUGCAAACCGUCACGUACCCAUCAAUACCCUGCAUUUUCAUUUAAAAAAGUGGUAAAAUAAAAAAAAACAUCCUUCUUAAUUGCCCUUUCCCGCUCUUGUGAUGCUUUAUUUUGAUGCUCUUCCUAUUUCUUGUCCUUAUUUGAUCUGUAUCUUUUUAUUGUUGGGUGGGGUCUACUGGUGGACAGAAAGAAAACACAGGGAUAAGAGGUUGGACUUUGAAACACUGACAUAGUUUUGGCUGAUAUUCCUGGACACUGACUAAAAUUGGCAGAUUUACAGAUAGAGAGAAAAAUUGUUUGUUAAAUCUGUCAGUCGCAUUUAGUACUUCUCAUUUCCACAGUGAAAGGAAAACUAUUAACACUACAGUGAUAUUAUUGGAGCUGAACACAAAGCACGCUCGUAGUUUGCGCCUCAACAAGUGUGACUCUUGUAUUUAGCGUUAAAGGGCCCCCUUCUUGUUUCCUCUUUGACUAACACAUUCCUCUUUGUUUAUGUGGCUUUAAAAUAGCUGUAAAAAGCACACAGCCUGUUUAUGGUGCUUUUAUUUAAAAAAGAGAGACUUUAUUAUUCACACAGGGGCUGUAUUUCCUUGUGAUGCACAUAAAGUGACAAGAAAGUGACUGCCAGAGCCAGACAGAGUGCCUUUUAUCCAUGUUAAUCUCUAAAUUAAAUAUAUAUAGAUUUAACUUGAAGUAAAGUGCGUUCCCUUCCAACUCUGAACCUGUCCUAGCAACAGGAUUGGUGCUUCAGCCUAUCUAGAAAUAGGUCACAAGGUUUUUUCUUGCCUUCACCAGUCGCCUGUCAUCCCUCGACACAUACGAGGACACACACCGAUUCGCACACACGUCUUCCCGUGUGUGCGAGCAUGCAGCAGAACGCAGAGAAAUUGCCACCUGCUGUGAUUUGGAGUCUAAUUUGAACAUGUGUGCUGAUCUCAGAUGGCCGAGCGUUGCCUUUUUUUGGGGAGGAUAAUCCCUUCAUCUGGUCCUCAGACUGUCUGUUUUGCAGCGUGACCUAUUUGGAAGGAAAUGGUGAUUAAGUUCUGAAUGGGAGCCGAGCACGUAAACAGCAGGACGACAACAGAAUGAAUCACGGAGGGAGAGAGCUGCUUUCCAAGUCAGGGGGGUCAGGGAGGUGAAAUACGCAUCCUGUGGUCUAAUGACUUUAGUGUUGACCAACUUUAAAAUGAGUUUGAGCUCUGUUUUUUUUUUUAAAAUCAGGCCUUAAAGGAUGAUUUUAUUAUCAACCUGUAACAAUCACUGCCGCAGCUGUGAAAAUGUUAAUUUACACACAUAUAUUGUGGUGUAUGCACAAACUACGCUUCAAAAAAACAUGAAUGGGACCACUUUGAUGUUACGUUGUGUUUUCCGUGACUGAGUAAAUGUUGGUUCUUUGGCUUUUUUUUUAGAGGAGAUGGUGGAGCUGAAGAGGAUUGAAGGGUUCAGAACGAUGAAGUUUCUGAGAAUUGUAAUACUUCCAUACUUGUGAAUACAGCAUCCUCCAAAAUUGGGCACAAUUUUGUUGUCAGAGCUAGCACCCCCCAGCCUUUGGUCCUCCAGAAAAUCCAUCUGCCUGUGCUGUUUAAACAUAACACUUUUUUAGUAGUUUUUUAGCCAUUUUAAGCCUGCACACAUCUGCAUUUUCUAGAUCAAAAUACUGACAAAUCUCUCUGUGCUACAUCAGAAUUUCAUAUUCAUGUUUAUUAGGGCUGGGACGAUAGGCUUUUCUCCUGAUUUGAUUCUUCUACGAUUUUUUGGAUACCGGUUCGAUUUAAAUUGCAAUUCUACGAUAUUGUCGAUUUUCUCAAUAUUUAGUCUGCAUUUUUAACACCAGUAAAACAGUUGAAUGAUUAGGAUUGUCCUCUGACUAUUCCAGGAACCCAAAAAAUUCACAUUACAUGGAAGCCAGUUUUUAAGAUUUGACCAAAAAAAAUUGAUUUUUGAACAUAAAAAUCGAUUUAAAACUUGUAAAACAAAAAAUCGCGAUACUUGUGUGAAUCGGUUUUUUUGUUCCCACUCCUAAUAUUUAUAGUUAUAAAUAAUGUUUUAUCUAACUGAGCUGUAUUUCUGCACCCUAAAUGCAGAUUUUGGGUAAUUGCUUUCACACUUUCUGAUUCAAGCCCAUUUUGCAGUUGAACCAUUAGCGAUGUAAUAAUUUUUGGAUUGUUUUCUUCCAGUACUGUAAAGAAUAAAGCCUCAAACUGUCAAAAAGACUGUCGAAACUGCAAAGGUCGUCUCCUCGUGAAGGAUCGGGAACUUUAUGACUAAGCAAAUACGAAACAACAAACAAAAUGACUCCUCAGUAAAGCCUGAAGCGUGCAGGUGGUGUAUUUUAGACCCAAAACAAGCAUGGACACACACUGACUGUUUACACUGUUGAUAUGCACUGGCAACCUUUUGUGAAAAGGUCAAAGAGAAGGAAAAACAGCGCAGAGUUUGGAGAGGUCUCAGAGAGCUGUACAUGAUAAUAUAUUAAUGAGUCAAGGUUUCGCUUUUGUGACUGUUUCUGUCGUCUGAACAACUCCAACAACAGAACGAGACAAUUUAACUCUUGUGGAUCACUUUGUUUCAGUGUCUUUCUCACCUGUUAAUCCUUCAUUUAUGUCAUUAAACUAACAACAAGAUAACAAACUCACCUGUUUUUGUCAAGGGCCUCUUGUAUCUACUAGCAUGUAAAAAACACCAUAUAAUCAAAUAACCAAGUAUUUGUGAAGGCAUAAACGCAGUAUUGAAGAAAUCAGAUCAUAAUCAGGGUCAUAUAAAGUUCUUUAUGUUGUGUUAAAGAAUUCUGUACAGUAGAUGUUUGAAAAUGUACAACAGGGAGAGGGACACGUGCAGUUUGCACAUGCAGGCACACCACAAAAAACUUCCUUGUUGAGUGACAGAAGUUUUCUCAGCAGUCGACUAACAAAAGGUUCAAGGCCAGACGCAGAGCUGAAAGCGUCUCUGUUGUGUGCAGUCUGGCUCUGGAAAGUUUUACUCCAGAAGUCUUCAAUCCUGGUCAGCAGGGAGUCAUGGGUUCAGACUUAUAAAUACAGAAGUUGUGUGUGUGAGUUUGUGAGUCACAGAUUGUGUCUUGAUCUGAAAUAAACCCAAAAAUCAGAAAAAAUCUGAAAUGUAAUUAUUCUUGAUGCAUACCUGCAGGGAAGUGAUAGAGGAUGAUCUCUUGCAUGUACCUCAUUCAACCUCAGUCCGGCUUAGGUGUUCAGUGCAGUCGGCACAUUUUUCACAUCAGGCUUUGACCUGGAAAUUGAACAGCACAAAUGCAAAGACAGAAGCUGAGUCGCAAACAAAACCUGGCAGAAGAAGAAGAAAGGAAGUGAACAAGAUGAAGCUAUCAACAUGGCAAGUGCAAGUCCAUAUUCAUACUAUUCUAUACACUACCAUUUAGCCCCUUGAUAACUUGUUUGCUGAUUGUUUUAGUUGAUGAUGUGGUAGGGAAACUUUAGCUGUCUGAAAAAGGGGGCAUAUUUCCACCUGCAGCAGAGGAGAUGGAUACCUUUUGUCAGUAAAUUAAUUCUCAACCAGUUCUUGCAGGCAGUGGCUCAGUUGCUCUGCAUAAUAGAACCAUAACAACAACCAUGUGCAUGCGAAAGUACUGUGUUAGCGCUGAAAGGAAGUGCCUAUAAAUUGAGGUUGUAGGUGCUGCCAUUAGUGGACAUAGGCCCUAAAUUUGUUUAAGGCAGUGAAAAGCUGAUUUCUAAACAGUGAAAAGAUAAUUUAUGUUCAAAUUACAGCCAUGCUUCCUCAUAUAGCUACAGAGACAGACUGCAGUGGCUGCUGGGUAAUACAGUUCUGAUAUGUUGGAUCUAAGAGGUUGUUUUUGGCCGAUCAUCUCUGUCCAUCUGUUUCUAGAAGAUUUAUCCUGUGCCAGACAUGCUGCACAAAUCGGACACUUUUUUUUUUCCUGCAUAUAACCAGAACACCGGUCUGAAUAUAGUCGUCUGAAUCCUUGACCUCUGGUGAUGGUGGAUCUGAACCCUUUUACUCUCUCUGUGUGCAGCUGUUUGUGUCAUGGGAUAACCAAAGCUGGUUUUUAUAAAGGGGGGGAAAAAAGGAGAGCAGAAAAAUGCACGCUUGAUGUCUCCGGUUCUCGUGCAAACACACAUCUUCCUCAAAGUGUGAAGGCUCCAUAAUUGGCAGAGCGAAAGCUACCCACAGUGAUUCCAAUCUGCAUAGUCACAUGCAGUCUGGUGAUGACUGGCAUCCUCAGAAGAACAAAACUAUGAGCUGUUUACUUCAGUGAGACCUGUACUCAUCAUCUCCUCGAAUUAUUUGGCGUCUAGUUUCAAGUCUUUGUGCCAAUUUUGAGAUGAAGAGACUCAGUCUUUGUGGUGUCCUGGCUUAUUUAACCAGUUUUAAAACCAGCCUGCGUCUCUGCGGGGUUUACAUUCCAGGCUGAAACCACCACCAUCAUGUCGAGAAUUUUUGAUAUGCUCCCAAAUUUGCUUGAGGUGAACUCGGCUAGCCAAGGAAAUAAAAAACAGCGGCUGAUUAAACAGGACUCAACAUGAGAGAGACUGGAGUUUGUUUAAAUGAUGUUAAUGGGGCUUUUAAAUAACAAAGCAAUGAGUGGAAUAGUUGCCACAAGUGAUAAAACUGUGACGAAAUAUUGAAGCCUGACAACAGCUCUUGGCAAAGUCUCUUUAUUACGUAUUAAAUACUUACCGGAUUGAUUGAUCUCAAAUGGAGGAAUUCUGAUUAGUGGUUUUCCUUCUUCAGUUUAAGAUCAGUGUGAGAAAUACAGUAAAUUUUGGUCAGCAUCCAAACUGUUAUCUCUUGUUGAGUCAUGCAGUGAUUUCCACUACAGAGUCUUGUCUGUUUUUAAUGCAGCGCUGCUUGAGGGCCUCAAGAUCAGGGCCAUCCAGUACUGGUUUUGGUCCUCUUCCCUUUUGUGCAGAGAUUUUUAUGUAUUAAGGCAGGUUAAGACAUGCAGGAAGAGUUAUCCUUACCAUUCAAAUUACAUUCAGCCCGGCUCUCAUCAGCUGUUUGUACUGCGUUUGAGUUUGUCUAAGGUGGUUUUAUAUGUUGCCUGUCAGUACACUCCUCUCCUGAUGAACACCUGCUCUGCAGAUGGCCUACAGUUCAGAAAGAUCCGGAUAUCAUCUUGUUGCAUGUCAAGUUAAACUGCCUCUCGGUGAUAGUUUUUGUCGAGACAAGUUCAAACACAUGAAGCUCUUCAGCACUUUAAUGUCUAUCAGUGCUUAAUGUUUGUCUGCUGAGCUGCUGCUGGAGCUUUGUAACGUUUCAGGGAUUGUGCACGGGGUCUCAGUCAUAGACAGGUGCACAGUGGUGGCUGUAGUGUGCAAGGAGACAUGCUGCAUUUAUCGCUUUUGAUUUAGCAACUCUCAGGAAAGCUCUUGACUUUUAGACUUGCCUAAAAGUAAUCAAAAUACACUUGAAGAAAUGAUCAUAAAUGUUCUUCCUUGAGCUGCGUCACCCCACAGCUGUCCGUAAUGGACUGGCCAGAGGUCUCCAGGGGGUGUCUAACCCGGUGUUACAGUGUGUUUGACCCUUAAUUAAUUUAAUACUGGAAUAUCCCUUUACUACUAUGACUCAUGUCAGGUUUGUAUCAGAGUUGACCCUAUUAUUUACAUCGUGUUUCUACUACAGUUGACUUUACUUAAUCUAAAAUUUCUUUGACUUCUUUCUUUGACUAAAAUGACUUUCCUGACACCCUUGAUCAAAAAUAUAGCUCUUUUUUUGUAUUUUUGUGUCCUGUUAAUUAAAAGUGUGAUUGAAUUUCAAAAGUAUGAUAAACUAUUUAUUACGUCCUUGCAGCAUAUAAAUGUCAACAAAUGCUUGAGUACUUAAACUACCAUGAAAUAAAACAAUCAAAAGGCAAAAAUAAGCAGGAAAGUGCAGAAAAGUUACAGGAAAAGAAGAACUAAAAAGAAAAAAGGAGUUUUAUUUAUAAAGAGGACAUAUGUUUUUGUAUACGAAUGAAUCUAUAUGUACAGAAGGUGUUAUAUUGGUUCAUCACUUCGAUACGUUGUAGAAAUUAAUGACCAAGAGCCCAGGUGCCAUUUGAGGAAAUUACCGGCACACUCCUCCCUUCUCCGUCCUUGCUUAUCCUUGAAAUGCUGAAUUUUUCUGGGACACACGCUGAGCUACUGUCACACAUUCAACUCUCACUUUUAAUCUGCCUCGCUCCCUCGCUCUCACACUCGAUUAUAAAAAAACACACUCUCACCAUCCCCCUUGAAGAUCCCAUGCUCUUACCCACCAGUAUCAGCAGCUCUCCCAGUCAGCUUGGCCUCGUUUUACUCGGACUGAGAGGAGACUGGAGCCACAGGCGGCACAUCAAAGCUCCUAAUGGCUAACUAAUACUUCCCAUAGCUGAGUACUCAUGUGAGAGCGAGAAAUCAUGUGGACUCCUCAAGGCUAUUGAUCUUUUCAUUUUUAAACCGCUGCUUGUGUUCCUCACUGUUAAAGCUCCGUCUUGUAAUAAACGGCCUCUGUGUGCAUUGAGUUGAAGCAGCCGGGCUUUACUUAAGAGUGUGCCAACCUAAUGGUAGAGGGCAAAAGAGCUUUUAGAUGACACUUUUUUAUAAUGAUCUAAAAAUCCAAAAUUUUUACAUUCUUUUUGGAAACCAUGGACGCAACGUCUUCUGCCCACAGGGGAAUUUAGCGAAUUUUCGACUGGAAGAGGACGAUGGAGGGGGAGGAGGAUUAGAGGGUGAUGUGAAGGAUGCAGAGUGAUGGCAGGUCAGGACUAGAUGAAUAAAUAGGAUGAUAUAAAGGGGAUUUGUGGUUGCGGAGAAGAUUAACCUGAGGUGACGUGUCUUCAUCUCUGGGUGGAUGAACUCGGGGAUGAAUGGAUGAAAUGAAGGUCGGGAUAAAACUGGGUUAAACUGUGUUCUUCCUCUCUGCUGGGAGAUGGCUUCUGAUGGGUAAAAAAUAAGUGUCUCUGUAACCUGCCUGUGUUCUUUAUCAUUUCCAGGAAUGAGUGCAGUUUUCUGUAAUCUCCAUCUAAUGUGGAAUCCAAAGGUUCAUGAUGGAUUAUUUCAGAUUAAGGCGGUGUUUUGGUUAUUAAAUUUAGAGGAGAUUUGAAGGGCGGAAAACAGCGGAACAAGCCUGUGUACUCACACUCGCUGAUCAAUAAUCCUUUGUUGAUGUUUGUCACUUUAGAGGAGUGACACCUGUCCACCUGUCUGGUUAAUGUUGAGGUAAUGAUCUUAAACAGCCACAGUGGAAGAUAGGUAAAGACGCUCUUUGUAAGAAAAAAAACACACAAAAAAAAAUAAAGUGAAACUUCCAUAUAUUCUAGAUUUAUCAUACAUUAAGUAAAUUACUUGAAGAUUUUUUUGUUUGAAUCUUGAUGAUUAUGGCUCAUAGCUCUCUAAAAACAAAGAUCCAGUAUAUCAAAAUAUCAGAAUAUUUUGGGAAAGUCCAGUUUCUUGUCAGUCAUUUUAAUCCCCCCCAAAAAGCCCUAAUCGGCUCUAAUCCAAACUCCUGCAAAGGUUUACUGAACCUUUACUCUCUCAUUCUGGUUCAGUACAAACAACCAGAACCACAAGGAAGCACGCUGACUGACAGUUGUCCAGAAGACGAUCAUUGACUUCCUCCACAAGCAGGGAAAGCCACAGAAGGUCACGAGUGAAAAGGCUGACUGUUCACAGAGUCUGUAUGGAAGUUCAUGGAAAGUUGACUUGGAAGAGAAAGUGUGAGAAGAAAAGAGGACUGUAGCCUUGAGGAGAUUGUCAGAUAAAGCAGAUUGAAGAACUUAAAGGAGCUCCACUAGGGGUGGGCUGAGGCUAGAGUCAGACCAUUAAGAGCCACUACUCACAGGAGAGUCGAGUUCCUACUGUCAAGACACUCCUGAACAAGAGGUGAUCUGAGAGGCCCAGAAUCCAAGGUGCUUGAAGCUCAGCAUGAAGUUUCCACAGUAAUGAUUUGGGGUGCCAUGGGGUGCUGCUUCUCGUCUACUGUAUUUGAGUCUACACAGCCCAAAGUCUACCAGAAGAGUAGAGACAUUCAUGCUUCCAAAUUUCAUUCAUGCUGUGAAGCUUUAUGGAGAUACGGAUUUCCUUUUCCAGCAGGACCUGGCACCUGCCCACAGCACCAAAACUCCUACCAAAUGGUUUGCUGACCAUAGUGCUAUUGUGCUGGGCUGAACUGGCCAACCAACCUGAACAUCAUAGAGGAAAAAGGCCUGAAAUAUCUUGGUUUGUUUAUGAUGAGUCUUGAAUAUACAGAAUUGUCAUUUUUUUAUUUAAUUUUGGGAAAAUUUGAACUUUUUUGGGCUGCACUUACAUAUUCACAGUGUAAAGGGAAAAUAUAGAAAAUGUUAGGAGCACGCUGACCUAAAAUUCUCUUGAAAUCGACAAGAGUUCAUGAGUGGAAAGAGGAGUGAAAGCUCUGCUACGGUCAUGAAUUCAUGAAUGAUCAUAAAUGUUCUUCCUUGAGCUGCGUCACCCCUCAGCAGCCCGUCAUGGACUGGCCCGAGGUCUUGCUGCAAACAAGCGGCUGCUGGAAGAGAGUAGGUGAGUUGUGUUUAGUCUCUUUGCUAAAGAAAUUGGGCAAAGUUAAAAAGAUGUUUGGUGGCUAGUACUAUGGCUGGGACCCUAUAUGAGCUCUUGAUGAAGUUAGGUGCUGUUCUGAGCAUUAUUUGUGGCUAUAGAGUGGUGUUUUGGUUGAAGUUUGUUUAUGGCUCCUCAGACUGCUGUAUAUUGCUAUCGUGCGGUCGUUACUAAAAUUGGUAUAACUAGAGAAGCAAACAGUUUGCAACAUUCGUCUCUCGACAGGGUGUCUAACUUGGUGUUGCGGUGUGUUUGACCCUACAUUAAUUUUACGCCGGAUAUCCCUUUAAGAGGUGGACAGAUUUUUUUUCUCUCAGUUGCUGAUUUUCAUCUUGAACUUCACCCAGAAGUUCAAACAGGUUGAAUUUCUGCUUCUGUUACUCUUCUUUCAUUUUCUCCCAGUUUCCAGGGAACUUUUUUCCUCUUCUCACACCUUCACAUAGAGCCUCAUAAAAUCCAUAAUAACCCCCUCCUCCUCCUCUUUCUUCAGCCCUGUCGCCUCUCUGUGCCCUCCCUCAUCUUCAUCAUACCUACUCGCUGCGACUCCCCUCCCUGUACUUUCUUUGCCCUCUGUUCUCUCCGUCUCCUCUUCCUCUCCUCCUCUUCCUUUUUCUCUCACACGGUGCUGAACAGAGGCCUCAGUGUGUGCGCUGAUGAGGCGAGUGGCAGCAGGAGGGGAGGGGGUGUGAAGGCUGAAAGCAGGGGAGGAGAGGAGCAAAAAGCUGCAACAAAAGCUCCGCUUAGAGGUGUUUGUGUGAGUGCAUGACAUCAUGGCGCUCCUGGGAGCUGUUGGCUGCGGCGUGGUCGCCUGAUUUAUUUUGGUGUGCGACCCCGCAGAGGCAGAGCCGUCCACAUUUUCUUUCCACUAAUGCAGCGUUUUCUAAACUCCUCUGAUUGGUGCAGAUCAUGUUCUCAAAGUUGCACAUCCAGCUGCUGCAUGUACGUAAGCAGAAGUUAAAUUUAAAUUCACCUCCGAGUGUUUGUGGUGGAGUCUAAACCCACAGGAAUUCCAGUAAAAUGGAGCCAUGUUUGCUGGUUUUAGUGGUUCCAUCGAGGUGGUACUGGUCUUUAGUCUCAUAAAAGAGCCAGACGGACCAUUCAGAUCUCAGCUGGUCUCCCCGAUCCCCCGGGUGUGUGUGCGUGAGAAUGUGGGGGGUUGUAGAGAGGAAUGCUGUCUCUUUAUCACACACACACACACACUUACUUGCACACACACUCUUAAACACACUUUCUCUGGUUCUCUGUCUGGCACCCCGGUUUUCUUCCUCGUAAACUUGCAGCAUCCAAAAAGCAGAAUUAAGAGUGUGUAAAGCUCAGAAUGUGUUAAACAGACUUUAUGUGUCAGUGUGUAUUUGUGUGCGUGUGUGUUUGUGUGUGUGUGUGUGUAUGGGGCACACAGCCAGCCCUCUCUGUGAACAGCCCCUCUUUGUGGACACAGGAAGUACGGUGAUGGUCACAGGGAUUUCCAGCCAGAGAUUUUUUUUCUCUUUUAGAAAAAAACAAGCAGCUCACAAACAUCUCAGCUCUGACUGUACUUUUUUUUCUCUUUCUUUGACGUCUUUUUGAUUUAAAACAAAAAUUGAAUAACAUUUGCUGAGAAUAGGAAUCAAGGCUGCUUGAUUAGGACAAAUAAAAUCAUAGUUAUUCCAACCAAAUAUGAUAAAAAACAGUUUCACAUGAUUUGACAUUUGCGUCAUACUGCUAAAUCCUCUUCAAAACUUAUCUAGUCUUUUAAAGCUUUUAUAUAAAGUCCUUUCUUGUGACAUGACUUGGACCUGUAUUUUAUGAUUCAGUAAAAAUUUCUUAGCUGAUUCGUGUGAUCACUACAGCCUCUCUCUUGUCCCUUGGCUUUUCAAACACACAGAUCCUCACAUCUUCUUCCUCCUGCUCCUCUUCCUGCUCUCCUCUCCCCACCUGCCUCCUCCGAAUGUAAUGGGAGAAACACAGCGUCAUUUGAUAUUUAUUAUCAUACUUUUAUGACUGUGGGGAGCCUAGGGGUGUCCUCCUGAUACAACUUUUUUUACUUUCGAUACGAUAACAAUAUUGUAGCCUUCAGUAUCGGCCGAUACAGAUAUUGAUCCGAACUUGUGCAUGACAAGUUUUGCACCCAGCUGCAAUGUCUUUUUCGGACUUUAACAAAAAAUACUGCCACACAGCCGACAUCACUCCUACUACGUACUACUCUGUUUGUACUUUAGUACACACUGUUCUUGUGAUUACUGAGCUCUGCAUGCUGGAUCUGGGCGCUGCUAGCUAGAGGUGCCAGAGUGGAGUCUGGAAUGGACUGCGUCUAUUGGAGUGCCGAUAUCGGAGAUUUUAGGUCGAUAUAAUCUGAUAUUUGUUUUUUGGCUGAUAUUGGACUGAUAUCCAAUAUCAAUAACGUAUCAGGACAGCCCUAGGGGAGCCAUAAUCAACAUUAAAAUCCAAUUAUGUCCCAGCUCUGAUAAAAAUGUGUACAGAAGUGUUCAGAACCUGUACUUAAAUAAAAGGGUCAACAAAACUUGCUGUUAAAUGGAAAAAAAUGAGUUUUUACUACUCAGCACCUCUCCAAACCCUUACAGCAGCCUGCAAAAGUAUUACUUUGCAUUCAACAUCACAGCUUUAAAAAGAAAACAAGUUUUACUCAAAACUGUGAAUCAGGUUUAGAUUUUCUGCUGUAAGAAAAGGUCCUGGAAAAAUGAAGUAAAAGUUGAGUACUUCCAUCAGAAUGAUGUUUACUAUGACUUUUGUGCGUUACGUAUCACAUCAUUCACUUUUUUUUCCCUCUUCUUCUUUGUGUGGAGGUUUUGGACAGAUUAUUAGUCUCACCACAUCACACAUCACAUCUGGAGCAGCACUCAAACAUGUUCAUAGUGUGUCUUUGCAUGCCUAUACAUACAGUAUAUAUAUAUAACUCUAAUGUAAGAGUGCAGUAAUGUGGUUUCUCUGAAACUGUCAGACUCAGCUGGACUCAGGAAAUUAAACUUCUCAGACUGAGCAGCAGACUUUCAAGAUCAGUAUUACGUUUAUUAUUCAUAUGUGAAGAGGCCCGAUGUAAUGGAGGUAAUGAUGUGUCUGCAGGGUCUUUAUUAACAAUUUACCAGCAUGUGGAUAUGGUGAAAGAAAUGUCAAGGUCUAGUUAAAACACCAAAUACAAUGAAAUGAUACAUGUUACUCUCAGGAGCAUUAUGCAUGAUUUCCACUGGACAGGAAGCGUAGUAGAGUAAGGAUCAUGUAGGUCAAGUAUAAAGUUGCAUUAAAUGAAAGUAAACUAGCCAAUCAUCUUGAUUUGUACUUGAGUAAAUGUCCUUCCACCAAAGUACUGUAUGUCUGUGUUUCUCCAUGAGUGGUUAAACUAUAAAGCCUUCUUUCAACAUUAUUUACCUUUCAAAAUUAUGUAACAAAUGUGAUUGCUGUGAGUGUGCGUGCUUUUGUGGCAGUAGCAGAAGUGGAGCAGUGAUGUUAAAGUCAUUAGAGAAAGAGGAAAAGGAAACUUUCCCAGACAGAAGUCUGCAGGACUUUGAAUCGCUGAUUGUAUCCAUGUUUGCAUGAACACAGUCAGAUCUGAAACAAAAAAACACGUUUGAGUUGCAAAGUUUUGUUAUGAAACAGCUCAUUUAUUAGCCUCUGUGUCUCUGCAGGUAGCCGUCCCACCGUGCAGUAUGUGGCCUCCCUCUCUGAGCUGCCUCAGGCUCUGCAGCCAUACUACACUCAGGGAUACGUCCUGGCUGCUCUUCAUCCCAUUAUCCUCUCUGUGGGGCGGACACGCUCGCUCCCCUUCAGCCUGCUCUACAGAGCCAUCCUGGCCCGUCCCAGACCCAGGUACACGAGGACCCCAUUUUCAUACCUGCUUCUUCAAAUCUUCCUCAAUCAAAGGAAAGCUCAGUUUUAACUUAAAUAUGGGAGUCAAAUAGGGGAUAUGAAUGAUGGAUGAGUUUGCUGUUAAGAUAGAUUCCUAAGUAUAUGUAUGACCCAGAAAGAGAUUUUUCUGUAUCAUUUAUUCAACCUCUUUGUGGGACAGUACGUCGUUUUAAUCUGCGUGUUUAACAGGUCUGUGAUUUUGUUGACAGUGCAGCUUUUUUGUGGUCGUUUGCAGGACGACUGAAUGAUAAUCAAUUGGUUCCAAGUUUGUGUAAAUAGCAAAGGACCAAGAACAGACCCCUGUGGCAUCCCAGGACUGAUUUUAAGUAGACCUAAGUUAAUGUAAGAUCAUCACAUCAUAAAACCUGUAGUUAGCUGCUUUUAAAGUUGAGAUUAAAAGGAUCAAAUGCUUUAAGAGGCCAAUGAGGAUCACCGUGUACAAUCCAUCAGAGACCCUCCCUUUACACACACUCACACUCCCCGGUGUGCCCACAUGUUCACCAUCACACUGUCUAGUAAAUCGAUGAAUGAUGGAUGAAGUCAGCUGCAUUUUUAAUGUAAAGCUCCGGCAGGAGGUCAGACUGGCGUGCCAGAGGAAGGGGGGUCAGACUUUGUUUUGGUUUUCCCAGGUCCCCGUGUCUACCCCGAUUCCUAUUGGCUGUAAAUCCACCCAACAACAGGGGGUCCUAAAGCAGCCAAUGAUGUUAAAGUAAAUCAGUAAUCGGAGAGGUUUGAUUGGUCUAGAAACUGUAACUGAAUAUACAGUAGGUGGAUACAUGCAGUAAAGGUGACAGAAUGUAGCUAAUGUUGAUAUUUUUAUGUCACAUGUUAUUUUCCUUAUUUCCAGCUAAAAAAGGGAGUUAAAUGUGUGGGAGUUUUCACUACUCUAGCUGUGUCAAAUGUUGUUUACUCUUUGUUUAAUUGCCGGUUGAGACAUGAAUGAUUGAUGUGUUGGCGUCUGCAGCUCUGUGAAAAUUACAGCUGAACUAUGAACCCUCCAGCUGGACAGGUUCAGGAGGUUUGGUGUCACGAACCAGAGGAGCUCCCCUCUGACCAUCCUGAGCGGGGUAAUGGAUGUUUUUGUCUCUCUCUUAGUAAGCAGAUGGCGUCCAUGUGUCACAGCGUGCCGAUGCUGAAGGUGGAGGAGUGGCCGUUACCUGGAGAGUCUCUGACGGGGGACACAGUCAGGGCGCUUAUUGACAGGGUCAGUAACAAUUCUGCUGCCCAAAACCCUUAAAAAAGAGUUAAAAAUUAGUUUUGAGAAUGGCUUUUUCCAACCUGAGAGCCUGUGGAGGACUGAGAGGUUAGGGUAACAUAUUCAAGACUGUUGAAACCAGAAGAUUUUAGGUAUUAUAAUUUAAAAACCUUUUACUUUCUGCUCUUUGGAAUUCAAAAAACAACUGUUAUUAAUUCUUUUCUAUGAUCUGCAUGUACUAAACAUGAAUAAAAAAUUACUUUUUCAAUAUUUAAAGCACUUCUUCAAAAUACAAAAUACUCAGCUUUCAGGCAUCUAAAACUUUGGGACUCUCAACACAUUAAAGUGUAUUUGAAAUAUCUGAAUUUAGCCGAGUAUUAAAGAGCUUAAAGGAGUUUAACUGAACCACUUUUAACUUGUAGAACCCUAAAAUCCUUCAAAAACAGAGAAAAUUAUUAUUUUUUCAUUUUUCAAGCAUAGAGAAAUCCUAAAAUAGAUGCCAUUGUACAUUGAGAAGUUUCCCAGGUUAGUUUGUCCUGAAAAUAAGUGAAGUUUUUAAUAUUUAUCCCUUUUAAGACCACUUAAAAUCCUUAAAUACCAAUCAAAGACUUGUCUGUACACAGAAAAAUAGUGUUAAAUAUUGUUUAUUUUUGUGGUUUUCUGUGUUUGUUGUUCCAUAAUAGCUGAGAAACUUAAAUUUUAACAGAUGUUUUUGUAACCAUGCUCAUGUUCGUCAACAGAGAGUUUAAAGUCUCGCAUCUCUGAUCAUUUCUGCUGUAAAUCAUAAGUGUGUCUUCUUUGGGUUGUGAAACAUCAAAACUGCCACAAUGGUGGCGCCAAUUUUUCUCUUUUCUUUUCAAACAACAAGACGAGAAAAUUGCACAUAUUUUCCCACAUGUUCUCACUGAGUUGGAUUUUUCUCUCUCUGUGAUUUUUGUCUUUGUGUUGUUCAUAAAGAAAUGUCGUCUUCAGCUCUGUGUUGUUGUUUCUCUGUGAUUUAAAGUUUGAUGCACCGUGUGACUGACUCUGUGUUUCAGGUGAACAGCAGCGCUCGAGGGGGCGUUCGAUUCGUCGGCUCGGUCCUCCAGCAGGUGAGCGGGAUCACGAACGGCAGAGUCCACAGCCCGAAGAGGAGCUGUCGGUCGCCUCCUCGUACUCCUCCUCGUACCCCGCCAGGAGACAGAGAGCUGGAGGAGAACACCUACAGUCCAGGUGAGAAAAGCCCCGCCCAUUUUCAUUCUUAGAAGAUUUACUUUACAGGUGUCUGUGGACUCGCUGUUGGGUUAUCCUUACAGUUCUGACUAUUAAAUGAUCAAAUAACAGUGUCCUGCUGACUUUGACAAGAACUUGACACGUGGGACUGAAUUUGCUGUUCUUAACUCUUCUCAGAUUUGCGUCUGCUGGUGUUUUUUCACUCCUGGGCUCCUGGCUGCGCCCCUCUGGACUCUCCGGUCUGUCAGUACCACCAGGGGGCGCUCUCCAUGCGCGUUUCCAGGAAGGGCCAGGUGGUCAGCGCCCUGGAAGCUGAUUGGCUGGAGCUGACUGCUGCAUAUUACCGAAAAGGCUGGUCAUUGGUGGACUCGUUUGUCUACUGGGACACGCCGAGAGGUGAGUUGAAUGUUUGUAAAAACUGCUGAUUAUUGUAGAUUCAGCUCAGCGUCUUUGUCUCUCUGUGCUGCAGCAGUUUCCUCCAAAACAGAUAAACCAACACAAAAAAACAGGAUGUUUACGAGCAGCUCGUUUGACCUCAGAGACAGUUUGUGUCGGAUCAGUCAGAGAAGUCAUACUGUGAUCUCUUAAGACAGGAGGUGAUGAGAAUUGGACACCACAACCCUCUCUAUACUCACAACAUUAGACUCUGCAGCUUGGUUAUAAAUCAGCGGGUAUAAACAUGAAUUAUUACCUAAUAAACCUAAGAGGGAAACCCCUCAUAACAGAUGUUUUUGUGUCAAAAUUAAGUCAUAAAUUAAAAGAAAGACUACUUAAGUCAGUCUAAAUCUCCCUCAGCUGUAAAUAAAGGAAAUGAGGAAGGAGCAAAAACAUCCUUGAGGGACUCUGGGAUUAGUCUAUGUCCUCUCUCUGUCCUCUCCGCUUUAUUAUCUUUCCUUAUAAAACAAGUUCACACAGAAUCAGUCUCGUCCUGUUUUGGUUCCUCCUGGUCUAUAUUUGGAGGCGUCUUCCUGACCUCGAUGACCUCACUUCCUUUUCCUCUGCAGAGCCGAAGAUUUGAUCAUCAUCUGUAAAACCUGAACAGAGAUAAUACACACUGGCACUGUGAACCCCUCCUCUAACAUGAACACAGGGGAACUGAACCUCUUUCUAAUAACUGGGUCAUGAUCAACUCAGUGACUCUGGACCCGUUUCCUCCUCGUUUACUGCCUCAUUGUGUUUAUGAGCAUCUGUGAUAAGGCUCAUUCUCUCCAGUAACAUCCGUAAGACUUCAUUCAUAAAUUCACAAAAAAAAGGAAAAAUAUAACGAGACAAAAGUUAUUUCAGGGAAAGAGUGACAAAACGUGAAGUUAAAAAACAGUUCACUAUAUUUUAUUACUAAAAUUAAGUCACGGAACCUGUGAUUGGCUUUAUAAGGGAGCAGGUUGUUAUAGCUAAUUAAAGGGAUAUUCCGGCCUAAAAUUAAUUAAGGGUCAAACAGACCAUAACACUGAAUUAGACACGUCAUUACUUCAUAGAAAUGCAAUCAUAACAAGACACUAAGGCAGAAGAGCUACCGAGUCUGCAGUGCAAAAUGAUUAAUAUGGUGAUGCAAGGAAAUGAUGAAGAAAUGAUCAUAAAUGUUCUUCCUUGAGCUGCGUCACCCCGUUGUAGUCCGUAAUGGACUGGCCCGAGGUCUCGCUGCAAACAAGUGAAGAGAGUAGGUGAAUUGACCCUUUGCUAAAGAUGAUGAAGUUAGGUGCUGUUCUGAGCAUUAGGUUUGUUUAUGGCUCCUCAGAACACUGUGUAUUGCUAUCCUGCGGUCGUUACUAAAGUUGGUAUAACUAGAGAAGCAAGCGGUCGGCAACAUUCAUCUCUCAAGGGGGUGUCUAACUCGGUGUUAUGGUGUGUUUGACCCGAAAUUAACUUUACCCCGGAAUAUCCCUUUAAAGUCCAGACGAGGUGAGCCAGGUCCUCGAUGUGAAGUGGAAGUCAGACUGGAUAUCUCCCACAGCUUACAAUAAGAAACAAUAGUAAACAAUGUAGUUCAAUAUAAUGGGAUAACCAACGGGGGGGGGGGGGUACAAAGUGACACAGUAGGAUGCAAUUCUAUACAAUAAAAUCUGAUAAAAAGCAGUAUGAUACAAUCCAAUCCAGUAUGAUAUAAUGUGAUAUCAUGUGAUAACAAACCUUACAAUCGCACCGAGUGCUACUGUAAAAUAAAAUCAAGCAUGAUCAUCUGCUUGCGUGAUAUAAAUUAAGACAAGUUAUGAUUAAAAAUAACUAUUGAAAACAAACGAACUAAAAAAAGUGACAUUUUUCAUGUUUCAGGCGAGCCAGUGCCCAGAUCUCUAGAGGGAUUGUUCGUAUACGAGGAGAGAAGCACGUCUCCUCCUGCCAACGACACCAUCGUGGUCGAGCAGUGGACUGUCAUCGAGGUCAGUUUGUGUGUGUGUGUGUGUGUGUCUCUAUGUGUGUGUUUCUCUGUGUGUGUGUUAAUGUCGUAUAAUCAUGUAUGACCUCGUUCUGACCGAAGCAUCAUGAUUUGAAUAGUGAAGAACCAGGCCGGCAGGGUGAUCAGUGCAGAGAUGAAAGGGAUGAGAGUCUUAUUGUGAAAGGUCAAUGCAGCCAGAUUAACAUGGGCCGCAUUCCAAUUCUCUCACUGUCCACCUUUACUAUCCGGCGUGUUUAAGAGGUUUAGUUUGACCAUGUACCGUAAAAGUACCAGGAUGUUCUAGUAUAUCCUGUUGCAUCCUGCAGUAUGGAAGCUUUUGAUCCACAAUCCUCUUUGCAGAUUUAUGAAGAUCUGUCACAUGUUCAGAGGAAAAGGGUUUAGUAUCUCCAAGGCAACCAAUUUUCACAAAUAUUUAGCUAUUACAAACUUGCCUUUUUGCAGAGCGGGAGGAUUUUCAGAUAAUGGAUUUUGCUCUUAAAAGUGUAACAAGAAAACAAGUACUCUACCUUGGUAAGCAGUGACAGCUGGUGUAUUUUUCCAAAGAAAGUAAACACUAAAAUCAUAAUUAUCCAUAUUAUCUGUAAGGCACAAUGGCUGAUAUGAAACCAAUGUACUUAUUAAAAUGAAAGUCAUAUAUCUGUAUUUGCAGAGCUGAAUAAAAAUAACAUUUCUACAUUCAUAUCAGUCUUGGUCUGAUCUGAUGUUUUCUAAAGAAAACAGGGGAAGCAAAAUAGAGCAGAAGCAUCACUUAAUGCCAUAAGUCCCGUUUUUGCAGUAAACCUGCUCAAAGUCUGAUUUCUUUGUCUGUUUCUGGAAUACUGUUAUAUAUUAUAUUUGGAUGUCCAGGGCCGAGCUCCUUGACUCUUAGCUUCUCCUGCAAAAUGUUCUCAAACAUCAUUUUUGUGAACCUUUUCUGUAAAAUCUCAAACUAGAGAUCAGUUUAUCCUGCAAAUAUCUCAAACAGCACAUUAAACGUACCUCCUACUGCAAGCAUAUGCACCUUUUCUUGCAAUAAUCUCCAUUAAAACAGCAUUACUUCAAAGUUCUCCUGCACAGACGGCUUCCUGAACUUUAUUUUAGUCAGCUUUAGUCAGUCAGUCCUCCUGAAAAGAUCUCUGGAUGGCAUGAGUUUGGCCUCUCCAGUGAAAAUCUGCACUGAGUCUGCAUUACAUUUCUCCUGCAAAGAUCUCCUCUCAAACGGCAUAACUUUAUAGCUUCUACUGCAAAGAUCUUCUCUCAUAGUUAUUAUUUUCAGCUUCUCCUGCAAAGAUUCCCUCUUUAACAGUGUAAUAUAUCGGGAAACAACUCAGUUUUCUCAUUGCAUUUUGUUUUAAGCAUGCUGUCUGGCUCCAGGUUCAACUCCUUACUUUUUACUGCAGGUUUUAAAUUUGUGAAGUUAUAAUAAGAGGCAAUGGAGGUCUGAGGACUCCCUGGACCGGAAACAUGUUUCCGACCAGUAACUUUAGACAGAAACAGAUUGAAGCUGAUUUUGGUCUAAACUCUGAACAUUUUGUUUCUCCUCUCUCAGGGCUCAAACGUAAAAACAGACUACGGGCCACUCCUCCACACUCUGGCUGAGUUUGGAUGGCUGCUCACAUGUGUGCUGCCCACACCCAUCAUCAGACAUGACAGGUCAGUUAAUUAGUGGCACAUUCAAUCCAGUCCAACAUGUUAAUUAAACUAAUUUCAAUCAGCUGCUAAACCUGUUAUAUGAUUAUCAUGUCUUUUUUUGCAGUGAUGGGAAUUUGGCCACAAAGCAGGUCGUGUUUCUGCAGAGGCCGGUUCGAGGUCAGACCGCCGGGCACACGAGGAACCAGGUGAGAGUGGGAGAGAAAAAACAGAAACAAUGAUUUGUAACAGGAAAGAGUAGAGGGCUGACAUAAACAGCCAAAAAAUAAAAAAUAAAAAACCUCAAAUAGACAUCUUUUCUUCAGAUCGUGACACAUUUGAAGUUCAGUGAAAUACUUUCUAGCACAGAAGAGUAUGUUUGAAGUUCCUCAGUUUGUAGCUGCAGGGAGUUUUCUGUUUAUUGGACUACACUGCCCUCCACUGGACAAAAUUGAAGCUAUAUUAAAUUUGUAUUAAAAGUGAAAGUUGACACGGAGUUGCUGCUGCAUCUUUAAAAAGUGGAAAUUUAGGGAAAAUCUGGUCUUUAUUGAUGUUUAUAGUUCUAAAUCUGGAUUUGCUUUCUGUCUGCAGACUAUGUCGGUGCACAGCGACAUCUCCAGUCGCUCUGUGAGUCGCUCAGUCAGCAGCUCCGUCCCCACAGACGAGCUCUCUCCGACCGUCGGAGGCAUUGGAGGCUUCCCAGUGUUCGGAGGAGGGUAUCCCAGCGCCCUGUCUCACCUGGAAGAGGGGGGCUUCGAGCAGGAGGAGGGGAAAGCUGAGGUCACCUGCAUGUGA